AUGAAGAUUUCAAGCCUUUUGCCGAUUCUUUUUGGAACUUCAAACACAAAAUUGACCGAUGGCGGUAUCGCACACCACAAGAAUAUUCUUGACGGAGCAGAUUUGACUUCAAUCAUUCCGGCGCGAUUGGAAUAUGCAGCAGCAGCGCGAAAUCCCCUUCCAAAUCCGCGUUUCAUUUUCCACAAUAAAAUUCCAAAGUGCGGAUCGACCACCAUGGCGAAUAUUCUCGCAGCUUUGGAGACGACGAACAAUUUCAAUCUCAUUCACUAUCAUCCCUGUAUCAAAUCUCCUUGUGACAAAGCACUCGACGGGCGGAAAAACAGCGAUUACCUGGCGGACGAGCUUGCGCCCGAAGUUGAAGAAGCCUCAGCUGAAAGACCACUGGUCCUGGUCAAGCAUCAUCAUUUCACGAAUUUCACCGCUUACGAUUUGGAACAACCAACGAUGAUCAAUGUCGCCCGGGAUCCAGUCAAUAGGUUUGUCAGUUCAUUCUAUUUCAGACGCUUCGGCUUCAACAGAAACGAAGGGGUCAGACGAGAAUUUAUUGGAAGGAAGAAGCAAGAAAUGGGACUUGAAGAAUGCGUUCUCAGCGAGGCGCACGAGUGCAGCGAAGCAGGAUCAAAUCAAGCCUUUUUGGAAUACAUCUGCGGAAGCGACAAAUUCUGGCCGGAAUGUGGAAAUAUUGCAAAUCCAAAGUCGCGCGAGCGUGCUUUAGAAAGAGCGAAGAAGCACGUUUUGAACGAAUACCUCGCCAUCGGAAUCCUCGAAGAUAUUGAAAACACACUCACACUCUUCGAGCGAAUGGUGCCAACAGUUUUUCAUGGAGCACCGGCGGUUUACCGUGCAAUCGGGGAGACCAUCACGAACCAGACUUCGACUGCUAAAAAAGAGCCCGUCUCCGCAGAAGUCCGGGAAAAGCUCGAAAAGGGCCCACUCCGCCACCAGGUCGAUCUCUACAAUUUGAUCAAAGCGACUUAUGAGCAAAAACUCCGCGAUUUCGGAAUCACAAAAUAA